GUUCACGCAGAGGAGCCCGAAGCUGUAAGAUGGCCAGGACCAAGCAGACUGCCCGUAAAUCCACCGGAGGAAAAGCUCCCAGGAAGCAGCUCGCCACCAAGGCUGCCCGUAAAAGCGCCCCGGCUACCGGAGGCGUGAAGAAGCCCCACCGUUAUAGGCCCGGGACUGUUGCUCUCAGGGAGAUCCGCCGCUACCAGAAAUCCACCGAGCUGCUGAUCCGUAAGCUGCCCUUCCAGCGCCUGGUCAGGGAGAUCGCUCAGGACUUUAAGACAGACCUGCGCUUCCAGAGCUCCGCCGUCAUGGCUCUGCAGGAAGCUAGCGAGGCUUACCUGGUCGGUCUGUUCGAGGACACCAACCUGUGCGCCAUCCACGCCAAGAGGGUCACCAUCAUGCCCAAAGACAUCCAACUGGCCCGUCGCAUCCGCGGAGAGAGGGCUUAAGCUGAUCUGAGACCAGUUUACACCAAACACAACGGCUCUUUUAAGAGCCACGUACACGCACUCAGAGCAGCG